CGGCCCCGCUUCCCGGCCAAUGCCGGCGCCGCGCCGCGCCCGGCCCCCGGCUCCCCGCACCCCACGGGCAAACACCACCCCCGGACCGACCCCUUCGGCCUGUUGCACCCCGGCGGGGGCAGCGGGUCCAGGGCUGUGAGCGAGGCGGGAGGCGGGGGCGGGGCGCGCCCGGGCGAGGCGGCGGCGUGGGGACCGGGGGCGUCCCUCUCGUAUGUAAAUGAGGGAGGCCGCGCCGGCAGGCUACCGGCGGCCCCGCGCAGCGCGGCGCUGUUGGCUGAGCGCGGCGCCGACGGCAGGGCGCGGGAGUCGCCGCAGCGGGGCCGGGACAGGGACCAGGACCGGCACCGGGAUCGGCACCGCGAGCAGCGCCGGCAGCAGCAGCGGGGCCGCCGCCACGUGGUGCCCGCGCCAUGGAGCUGGAGGAGCUGGGCAUCCGGGAGGAGUGCGGCGUGUUCGGCUGCAUCGCCUCCGGCGUGUGGCCCACGGAGCUGGACGUGCCCCAUGUCAUCACGCUGGGGCUGGUGGGGCUGCAGCACAGGGGCCAGGAGAGUGCUGGAAUUGUGACCAGUGAUGGAGAGUCAUCCCAGUCAUUCAAAGUGCACAAGGGAAUGGGUCUCAUAAACCACGUCUUCAAUGCAGACAGCCUGAAGAAGCUGUACGUGUCCAACCUGGGCAUCGGGCACACCAGGUACUCCACCUCGGGCAUCUCGGAGCUGCAGAACUGCCAGCCCUUCGUGGUGGAGACGCUGCACGGGAAGAUUGCCGUGGCGCACAACGGGGAGCUAACCAACGCCAUCCGCCUCAGGAGGAAGCUUAUGAAGCAUGGUGUAGGGCUCUCCACCAGCUCUGACAGUGAACUCAUCACCCAGCUGCUGGCUUUCACACCUCCUCUGGAAAACGACGAUACAGCCGACUGGGUAGCCAGAAUAAAAAACUUAAUGAAUGAAACUCCAACUUCAUACUCACUGCUAAUAAUGCACAAAGACAUCAUCUACGCUGUACGUGAUCCCUACGGGAACCGCCCGCUCUGCAUUGGUCGCCUUAUUCCAGUAGGAGACAUGAAUGGAAAAGGAAAAGAUAACAGUGAGACAGAAGGAUGGGUAGUCUCUUCUGAAUCCUGUAGCUUUUUGUCUAUUGGUGCAGAGUACUAUCGUGAGGUCCUUCCUGGGGAGAUUGUGAAGAUAUCCAGAUAUGAUGUCCAGACGCUGGACGUUGUGCCACGACCUGAAGGAGAUCCAUCAGCAUUCUGCAUCUUUGAAUAUGUUUAUUUUGCAAGACCAGACAGUAUUUUUGAAGGUCAGAUGGUGUAUUCGGUCAGGAAGAGAUGUGGGCAGCAGCUUGCUAUAGAAGCACCUGUGGAAGCAGACCUAGUCAGCACUGUUCCAGAGUCUGCUACACCAGCAGCUCUUGGUUAUGCAGAGAAGUGUGGGCUGCCCUACGUGGAGGUGCUGUGCAAGAACCGGUACGUGGGCAGAACCUUCAUCCAGCCCAACAUGAGGCUGCGCCAGCUCGGCGUGGCCAAGAAGUUUGGUGUGCUGUCUGAUAACUUCAAAGGCAAGAGAGUGGUUAUCAUUGAUGACUCCAUCGUGAGGGGCAACACCAUUUCACCCAUAAUAAAACUACUGAGAGAGUCAGGAGCAAAAGAGGUGCACAUCCGUGUGGCUUCACCUCCCAUAAGAUUUCCAUGUUACAUGGGAAUAAACAUUCCAACUAAAGAAGAACUUAUUGCCAACAGACCUGAGUUUCUCGAUCUUGCAAACUAUAUAGGAGCAGACAGUGUGGUGUAUCUUUCCGUGGAAGGGCUGGUCUCCUCCGUGCAAGAAAGCAUCAAAGCCAGGCAAGCAAGUGAGAACAGCCUCAAAACCCAGAGGUCCCGAGCUGGGAAGAUUGGUCACUGCACAGCCUGUCUCACUGGGGAGUACCCUGUAGAGCUGGAGUGGUGAAUGUUUAGUGGGUGGACAUCAGUUCAUCUGCUCUUGAAUGUUACCUUCUUCAAGGAUGCCUUCUUGCUAAUAGCCUUCUUACACUUAGGUAAUACAGAAAGCCUAUUGCAGCUAAUUGCAGUUACUAAACCAGAUCUCUACAGUAAAGACCUAGGGCAAGCCCAAUGUGCUGAUGGAAACAAUGUAAGCAGAUGGCAAAUACAACAUGAAGUAUUUUUGCUGCACAACUGUGCCUUCUAUUCUCUCACACAUACUAUAAAACCAAAGGUUUUGUCAUUCUGUAGCAGUCCCAGAGGCCUUUGUUUCAGUCUUGCUCCAGAAGACCUCCCUGUUAGACUUGUUCACAGACCAUGGAAUCCUGUGGUGUACUUCCAAGUUGUCAAAGCCUUAAUGCAGAAGUAUGGGAAGUUUGCUGUCCUCCCUUGGGAAAAAUACCAGAUUGGGAAGAAUCAGUUUGUGCCCUCAGCAGUUCUCACAGAGAACUUUGGCAUCUGUAGCCCAACAGCCUUUGUGAAUCAGUAAAACCUCCUCUGUCACAGUCUGUGAACAUGUCUAGCAGGGAGCUUUAAAACACCAAGACUCAGGGAAAUGCUCAGCCAAAAGCUCUCAAGUCCACUACAAUUACGUUAUCUUCACCUGCUUUCACUAGUUGCCAGUAGGAUGUGGAAGGAGAAGAAACAUUUGGCACUGGGAUCUUUUUUUUCUCUGGUUUACAUCUUGUUUUCUCUAGUAUAAAGUCCUGACACGUUCUGAAGUCUGAGCUAAGGCUCAGUUUGCAUUUCAUAGGUCAAGGUCCAAAGGAAACUGACAGAUAAAGUCACUUCCCAUUCCAAACAGUAAAAACGAUGUUAGCAGCUGAAGUUGUGAGUUGGAUGGAGUCUUAUUUACUGCACUGCUGCCUUUACAGUAAAUGCAGUGUUUAAGAACAAGAGUUCUGCAGGCCUGCAGGCUAUGAACACGUACUGUGGCCACACUUGUGUGCCUGCAGACCACUUGGCCUUCUGUGGCUGUGUGGCAGUGACCCCCAGCAGCACCUUUGCAAAACUACUGCAGAUUCACGCACAAGUGUAAAAAUGCUUUGUAUGCCUCAGGGGUUUUCACUCAACACCAGCAACUUAACUGUGGAUUUGCUAUUUAUGGGUUUUGGCCUCAUGUGACUUGUGAGGCUGUUUUAAACCAGGUUUAAGAGCCUCUUCCUUCCCCAUCACCUUCCACAUAGUUGAGGAUCACAGCACUGGAGCUUAAAUUCAAAAGGGAGCUUUCUGAUGUGGGAUUUGUAGCAAUUGUGCCUGAAAGACAAUCAUGAGACAAAAGUCCCAAGCCAAGAAAGCAUGGAAAUGAAGUCGAGGCUGUGCCUCCUGCAGUGGAAUCAGAGCCUACUUGAUGUCAGACCUAUGGGAGAAUUAGAUUUUCGUAGCAUUUAGCUCAUGUGUGUUCUUCACCGAAGUCCAGAUCUGCAUAUUGCAGGAUAGGUGUGGAUCUCCUUUAAUUAGAUCUACUAGAUCUAAUACAAUUAACUAAUCAGCAAGUUUGGUUCUUUCAACAGAACCAUGAGUGUACCUGGACAGCAAAAAGACCACAGGGUGGAGCUACUCAGCCUCCUCUUCCAGGUUAACCAGACUGGACGUGAGGAGGAAGUUCUUCACCAUGAGUGGUGAGAGCCUGGAAUGGGUUGCUCAAGGAGGUAUCACAGUAUCAUCAGGGUUGGAAAAGACCUCACAGAUCAAGUCCAACCCUUUACCACAGAGUUCAAGGCUAGACCAUGGCACCAAGUGUGUUUAAGGCCAGGCUGGCUGAGGCUGUGUGUGGCCUGCUCUAGGGUAGGGUGUCCCUGGCCAUGGCAGGGAGGUUGGCACUAGCUGAUCCUUGUAGUCCCUUCCAGCCCUGACUGAUUCUAAGAAGUGUGAGAAAACAGAAAAUUGCCAUUCCCACUUCUCACCUUUCUUCUUUCCUGCCCUCAACAAACCCAGUCAUUUUCACAGGAAGCUGUAAGCUGAGCGAGCUCUUAAGUGACACUUGCAAGAGGAGCCCUUUCUACUUGAGCUAGAAGCUUAGGUGUGCAGGUUAGCAAGGCUGCACGCAGAGGUCUGCAGAAGUAGCUGCAGUUGUCUCUGGAACAGUCUGCAAGUGGAACUUGCACAAACAUCCUUUACCUUGUUUUCAACAAACCCUUGGUUUUGAAGGCUAGGAGUAAUCGAGUGUUAGGUGGCAGAAUGCUCCUGUGAAGAAAGUGUCCUUUGCCCUCUCUGUGUCACCCCUGUCAGGUUUUUAGGUACACUGUUGCCUGGUUUUUUGAAGUUAAACAGGAGAUCCGUUUCAAAUGUCCUUUUCCUUCACUGGCACUGCCUCAGGCCGUUUUUAACCGCAGCAGACAAGACAGGCAAUGAGCACACUGAGGGAGGAAACGCCGGGUUUGGGUGUUGCUGCUUGUAUUAUCUUGAUGUGCUACCGUGCAACCAUUCCUGCUGUUUCCCAUGUACAAGUGCCACGUUGUCAUGUGCAAACUGUGACAGAACAGUGCAAAGCUAAUGUCUUAACUUCUCCCACGUGUCAAUGCUAAACAUGGUUAUGAACUGGUCUUGUAAUCGCUCUCUUGGCUGCCCUCGCCGGCAGGACGCACCAGAGGUUUCUUUAAUAAAGCCACCUUGAAAGCGCCUCGAAA